UAAAGUUUCGGAAAGACUGGCCCUUAUUUGGCGUCACGUUGAUGUGUGAUUCAUGGACUGGGCCGACGAGGAUGAGUGUCAUCAACUUUUUGAUAUACUGCAAUGGAGUCAUGUGGUUCCACAAGUCUAUUGAUGCGAGUGGAAGAACUCAAGAUAGCACAUAUUUGCUUAGGGAGAUUCGAAAGGUGGUGGACGAGAUUGGACCGGAGAAUGUCGUGCAUAUAGUCACCGAUAAUGGCUCGAAUUACAAGAAAGCUUGCAAGGCACUAGGAGAGGUGUAUGAACACAUUCUUUGGACACCUUGUCUAGCACACACCGUCAAUUUGAUGUUGAAGGAUAUAGCUCGAAGGCCCGAACAUUCUGGUACGAUCAAGCAAUGCAAGCGAAUUUCUAAUUGGUUACACAAUCAUGGUCAGUUGAAUACAAUGAUGAGGAACACAAUCGGUGGUGAGUUGGUCAAGUGGAAUGCCACUCGAUUUGGAACCAAUUACAUGUUCUUAGAGAGCAUCUAUCGGAAACGUGAUCGUUUCAUGCAGUGGAUGGCAUCUACUGAGUUUUUACAAAGCAAAUGGGCAGAUACCGAAGAUGGUCGAUUUACUCAUUCCAGGUUUUCAAAUUUGGAGUGGUGGGACGGAUUGAAAUAUGUCAUCGACACAGUUCAAGCAAUAUACAAGUUCCUUCGCUUCGCUGAUCAGGACAAGCGGCCCAACAUGUGCGAAGUCGUGAUGUCGUACCAGAAUACGAGACAGGAGCUGCAAUCUUUCUUUGGAAAUAAUGUUUCCACUCGGGAUGAGUAUCUUAAGGUUAUGGACGAUAGGAUGCGUGACCUUUUCAUAGGCACGUAUGUGGGUCCAGCUGCUGUCCUAAAUCCGAGGUAUUCAUACACGAUGGAACCAACUCAAGAAAUGUUCCGUGGACUCAAGGAUACUUUUGAGCGCAUGACGGAUGUCCAGAGCGCCGUGCAGGCAUUGCAGGAGCUUGAGGUGUUUCGGCAGAAGGUUGGCGAGUUUGGCAGUGAAAUGGCAAUGAGAAUGGCGAUGGAUCCAAAGACAUCCCCAUCGUCCUGGUGGAUGAUGUUCGGAUCAAGCACUCCAAAGCUGCAGUAUCUUGCCAUGCGGCUUCGAUUGGGCACGUAG